CCGCCCUCCCUAAAAGAAACAAUACAAGACCCGAGACUGUUCUGCGUCCUGGACGUCUCUCCCUCCUGGUCUGGUCUUCACCCUGGAAGUCUCCCCGGUCUGGUCUAGACCCUGGACGUCUCCCCGGUCUGGUCUGCACCCCAGACGUCUACCCGGCUUGGUCUGCACCCUGGAUGUCUACCAGGCCUGGUCUGCGCGGGGCGGGUGUGGACCUCGGCUGUCAGCGCCUUACCUCUCUUCCUCCAAACGCGGGAACUACAAUCCACGCAUUUGAAACCAGACUGGCGUCUCCCACGUGAGUAGCGCCAGUCUGUAGUAUCAGUGUACCUACUAUACUGUACUACACUACACUGUACUGUACUCGACUUCAGCCUACUUACCACUCGUUCUUUUUCGCGCCUUCGACGAGUGACGCACGCGCUCCCAAGUUCGGAUGCUACAGAGCAGCCACGUGUAGUCCGCUAGCUUCAGACACAGGGCACGCGCCAAGUGGGGUCCUCCUCGUCUCGUCGCUAGGGUGCUUUUUUUGUUGUUUUGGUUGUUGUAGUUGUUGUUGUUGAUGGAAGAAAGAAAGGGAACAAUGGCACGCGUUGGGCUUCUUUGCCGACACGCGCCCGCCGUUCUGGAGUCUGGACGCACCCCGCGGUUGUUCUAACAAAAGAAGCACGGCUCACGUCUCACGGAUGCAGUGAGGAGACCAGUGCCCUGAAGUUGGGGUAGCCUCGGUGCGAUUCGGUCCGAUGGGGUCCGUCAAGAUGUCCGUCGAGCACGCGGGACUCCUCGGUGUGGUGGCUGUGCGUCAUCUUUGACUUUGACUGACACUAGACUGACGUGACGUCGCGGAUAAUUAUUCAAAUCAAUGAUCAAUCAAUGCAGAGUUCAACGUGCGAACUCGUCUUGGUACCGAACCCACCAAGGGGCAGAGGAGGAAAGGACCGGGCCGAAUGGACUGGGGAUCAACAAGUUUCUACUCGUGCGUAAUUUCCCUCGGAGCGUGCUUCGGUGCGGUCCUCGUCACACGUGAUCCACAAAUCACCCUGCUGCAGAUAUCUUUCAUCUGUCAAGAAGACUAGCCCCCACCCGGUUAUCAUCUCUGAUAACACGCGUUCUCCCGUCACGGUCGGUCUCAUCCAUGGACGAGCGUCCGCUGCCUCCACGGGUCUCCUCCAACGCGGAGGACGCACGGAAACUCUGCGCUCCUAUAGAAACAUCGGAGGGGGGAAAGGACACAAAGCCAAGGGAUCUGAAUGAAUGGGACUGAGCAUUAUUUAUUUCCUCGCCUCCCCCUGCCAGUUGUAUGUGUCCUUUACCCCGCCGGCUGACCGGGUCCCGCUUGGUCUAGAUCGGUCGAUCGGUGCCAACGGUUCAAAACACGGCGCGACAAAUGUCGAAGAAACGGAAAAGUCCUGAGGAUGGCGACGUUGAGGAAUUCGCGCCCGCUGGAUGCAGUCAUCAAGGUUUGACGGAUGAGAAAGUGAAGGCGUACCUCUCGGUCCACCCGCAGAUCCUGGAGGACUUCGUAUCGGAGAGCGUGAGCGCAGAGACGUUGGACAGAUGGCUGAGGAGGAAGACCAGCGGCAGGCCUGCAGAUGACGCAUCAGCUAAAGAUGUCAGCAGGUACCAGGACACUGACAUGCAGGGAGUCGUGCACGAGCUCAACAGCUACAUGGAACAGCGGCUGGACACUGGAGGAGACAAUAAGCUGCUGCUUUAUGAGUUGUGCAACAUUAUCAAGACAGCAACAAAAGCUGAUGGAUUUGCACUUUACUUCUUGGGAGAAUGCAACAACAGUCUGUGUUUGUUCACUCCAACAGGGGCCAAGGACGGGCCCCCAUGCCUCAUCCCAUCCGGUCCUAUAGCUUUCGGGACCACUAUCGCCGCUCACGUUGCCAAGACUCGCAAAACACUGCUGGUUGAGGACCUGAAAGGGGAUGAACGCUUCCCGGACGGCACAGGGCAUGACUCAGGGAUCCAUGUUCACUCAGUCCUGUGCCUCCCAAUCCUAACUGCCAUCGGGGACCUCAUCGCCAUCCUGGAACUCCACCGGCAGUGGGGCAAGGACCCCUUCAACCUCAGCCACCAGGAGGUUGCUACAGCUAACCUAGCAUGGGCGUCUGUAGCCAUCCACCAAGUACAGGUGUGCAGAGGACUCGCCAAACAGACUGAGCUCAAUGAUUUCCUACUAGAUGUGUCAAAAACCUACUUUGACAACAUUGUCGCAAUAGAUUCUCUACUUGAACAUAUUAUGAUAUAUGCAAAAAACUUGGUGAAUGCGGACAGAUGUGCACUCUUCCAGGUGGACCACAAUAACAAAGAACUCUACUCCGACCUCUUCGACAUCGGGGAAGAGAACGAGGGAAAGCCCGUCUUUAGGAAAACCAAAGAAAUCAGGUUUUCUAUAGAGAAGGGGAUUGCCGGCCAGGUGGCCCGCACCGGGGAGGUUCUGAACAUUCCAGACGCCUAUGCAGACCCGCGGUUCAACCGCGAAGUGGACCUGAAGACGGGCUACACCACCCGGAACAUCCUGUGCAUGCCCAUCGUGAGUCGGGGCACCGUCAUCGGCGUGGUGCAGAUGGUCAACAAGCGCAGUGGAAGUGCCUUCACCAAAACGGACGAGAACAACUUCAAGAUGUUCGCCGUCUUCUGCGCGCUGGCCUUACACUGUGCAAACAUGUACCACCGGAUUCGGCAUUCAGAGUGCAUCUACAGAGUUACCAUGGAGAAGCUCUCGUACCACAGCAUCUGCACCUCGGAGGAGUGGAAGACCCUGACCCAGCUCAACCUCCCCACGCCCAUAUACAAGGAGAUAGAACUGUUCCACUUUGACAUCAGUCCCUUUGAGGAGAUCUGGCCGGCCGUCUUCGUCUACAUGGUGCACAGCUCCUGUGGGAAAACCAGCUUCGAGCUGGAGAAGCUCUGCCGCUUCACCAUGUCCGUGCGGAAGAACUACCGGCGGGUCCCGUACCACAACUGGAAGCACGCCGUCACCGUGGCCCACUGCAUGUACGCCAUCCUGCAGAAGACCACCGGCAUCUUCACCGAACUAGAGAAGAAGGGGCUGCUGAUCGCCUGCCUGUGCCACGACCUGGACCACCGCGGCUACAGCAACACGUACCUGCAGAAGUUCGACCACCCGCUGGCGGCGCUGUACUCCACCUCCACUAUGGAGCAGCACCACUUCUCCCAGACCGUCUCCAUCCUGCAGGAAGGGCACAAUAUUUUCUCCAACCUGACUUCCAGCGAGUACGAGCAGGUGCUCGAGAUCAUCCGCAAGGCCAUCAUCGCCACCGACCUGGCGCUCUACUUCGGCAACCGCCAGCAGCUGGCCGAGAUGCUGACCCUACGCGGCCUGGACCUCAACAACCACACCCACAGGGACCGUGUGAUUGGUCUGAUGAUGACAGCAUGUGACUUGUGCUCCGUCACCAAGCUGUGGCCAAUCACGCGACUCACGGCCAACGACAUCUACGCUGAGUUCUGGGCCGAGGGAGACGAGAUGAAGAAGAUCGGCCUGCAGCCCAUUCCCAUGAUGGACCGAGAUAAGAAGGACGAGAUCCCACAGGGCCAGGUGGGAUUCUAUAACGCCGUGGCUGUGCCGUGUUACACAACGCUGUCCGAGCUCUUCCCGCCAUCCGGACCGCUCCUAAGGGCCUGCAAGGAGAACCUCACCCAGUGGGAGAUGAUCGCCCGGGGAGAGGUGGAGGACGUUCCGCGGAGGCCCUUGGAGCGCGAGGACGUCGUCGAGGCCCCCCCCCGGGGCUCCAGCCCGGUCAAGGUGGACAACUGACCCGGGGGGGGCCCCCCAGCAGGAGCACCCCAAUUCGGCCAGGGCCCCGGCCUCUGGGGUCCCCAGAGCCAGAAGCCGGAAGAGGAGGAGGAGGAGGAGGAGCCUGGCUCGCCCGGCAGGAAAAGGAACGGCCAAUGGGUUCCAAAAUAAAAGGCUGAUUUAUUUUGAAAGAAAACACAAGUGACCUCAUCGGGUGACAGCGCGGCCCGGUCCUCCGCUCCCAGAGACUGACAGACAGACAGACUGCCGAGACGGAGGACCUUUGGUCCCGUCGCCCUGCGUCCACUCAGCUUGGGAUUCAUUUGUUCGAUUGGACCUGCCUGUGUGCGUGUGUGUGUGCGCGUGUGCGUGCGCGUGUGUGUGGGCCGGUUGGAUUGAUUGGGUCGGUCAGAUAGUCUAUUUUUCUUUCUUUUUUCUUUUAUUCUUUUUUUGUACAUCGGCUGGUUUCUUUUGCGGACUUGUUUUGUGCAGAUGCCUUACCGUCUGAACCUUGCAACCACGGGCUUGGAGAUGUGAAACCAUGACUGUUGCUGUCGUUCGUUCAGGCUUUUAUUUUGUUAAAAAAAAGGCGCCGUGGGCCUUUAUCCUGUAGAACUGUUAUAAGCUCACGACUACAGAGAGGUGUUCGCAGUGACAGAAGGAAUGUUUAGGAGGAGAUGCAUGUGGCGAGAGCCGCCGUCUUUAGGAGCAGCGCCGGCUAACAUGUUUAUUUUUUUUCAUGACUUUUGAAGCAAAAAUAUGAUGCAGUACUUGAAAAAAAAAACACGAAAAAAAAAACACGAAGAAGACAUUCAGCCUUUAAGGAGCGGAGAAAGCCAAGGGAAGAGAGAGAGAGAGAGAGAGAGAGAGAGAGAGAGAGAGAGAGAGAGCGGAUGAGCUGCGAUAGAAGGGGUUAGAUAAUCUCAACACAUCGCAGAGUCACACGGAAGUCACAAUGUUCCGUACGAAGGGGAAGAAAAAAAAAAAAAGAAGUGGCCCCUUUUUGCGAAGACAAGCGGUUUGGCCCCUGGCACCGAGGAACCUGCUGCAUAUAUCAGCUUUUGAACAUCUGAUGAAUGAAAUGUGACCUUGGGCUGGCAGUUUGUUUUUAGACCAGCUGCUGACUUCACAAGACAAGGAAGAGCGAGGGGAGCACACAACGGCCGAGUCAGCGGUCUACUGCAGCCUAAUAUUCUGAGUGUGUCGAGGGGGGGGGGGGGGGGGGAUAAAAUAGCAAGAAAAAUCUAUAUUUAUUAGGGUUUUCAGGCCAUUGAACCAAAACCAAAAUUUGGAAUACAUGUUCAUAGUCGCUUUCCUCAAGGUUAAUUUAUAUAGUCCUUUUGGGGUGUGGUGGGGGGGGGGGGGGACCAAAAGAAAAGACAAUGCACGAUGAGUAACGAAUGUUCAAUCAUCUGGAGUACAGCUCCAAAACUGGGGUCUUCUAAAGUCUACAGUGUGUGACGGCACGUUGCAGGAUGUGUGCAAAGCGUUCCGCGUUCGUUUCCAUCACUUUUUCUAAGGAGCAGUAAUAAUAAUAAUAGUCCUCAUGUAUGCUGUGAUUUGCUCCCAAAGCAGUCGUAUAACGGAACAUUGUCAAAGUCACGUGUGUUUCCUAGAUCUUCCAAAAAGGCUGAUUUUUGUUUAGUUCUCUUGUUUUCAUUCCAGUGAACAUUGGUUCUCCAAAUUGAACUUUCCGAAGAAAACACAGAAGAGCAAAUUCUAGAACUACAGUUCUGUGGCCCCAAAGGUGUGACCUUAUACUUUGAGAAGCGGUUAGUUGAUUGCAAGUCUGCGAUGAUGGCAUGUGUGGCUGUUUGCCUCGGACUUCAUGACGUACCAUCUUCAAUUUCAGAAUAUCGCUUCCAGUAACCUUCAAACAAGAGCAACAAUAGCAUGCACCGAGACCGAGGUUUAUAUAUGAUUCAGCAUAUAUAGUAAUAGGUGUUUUAAGUGUACAUGCUAGAGAUUAGUUUGUACAGACUACGAUAUAUGCUCUGAUGGUGCUAAGCUGAAUGGCAGUCAUGCACUUUCUGACUGUGUGAGUGUGCGUGCGAGUGUACGUGUUUGUGUGCGUGAUAACGUGAGAGCGAGAGCUUCUGAAUUACUUUAUUCCCCCCCCCCCGCCCACCUUAACAUGGAGCGAUCCAUGGCACUGCACUGUCCCCCUUUUAAUUUUCAGCACCAAUUAUAUCCCAUUGUCUGCACUAUGUUUAGCUUACGAUCAUUAUCGUUAUUAUAUUAUUAUUAUUGAUGAAUAUUAUUAUUGCCAUUACUACUAUUGUUAUUUUCUUAAUUAGAGUUAAAUUAACUUAUAUUUUUUAUACAAAAACAAUUGUUGGCCUUUUUGUUUUGUACAAAGUGAACAUUAAGAUAAACGGUUUUAGACAUGUUACUGUUAUCCAAAUAACUGAGGAAUGUCGCAACUGUAAAUGUUAGAGCAGUAGCCCUAAUACAUUUUAUUAAAUCGGCCUGACUUGGGGAAAAA